AAUUACAUAGAUACCACGAAGAUAGCGUAUGCAGUACUACUACGUCAAGAUUAAUCUUAAGAUUAAAUAUGUAUGUAUGUCAGUUUAUUUGCCACAAAGAUAAAACUGGAAAAAUACAUUCAGUUGUACAUGCACGAAGGUGUACUUUUACCAAAGAUGAGUAGGCUUUUACUGUAGUACGCAACAAGAUUUAGAAGCUUCAUCUUUCGAGCUUUCACGUAUAUCUAUAAAGUCUCCAAUACGUAUAGCUAUCCUUAUGAUUUGAUCCCUUGUUGAGGACUCUGCUUGUCACCACUUGUCACCCCAGUUGAAAGGACCGCGGAUACGUAGUCUAACCUGAAUAAGUUGAGCAAAGUUGAGUUCCUGUCGAGUUAUCCGACAGCUGUCAGAAGUACUUUGUGCAAAAAAAAGAAAAAAGAAUAGAGUGCAGGUGUAUGUCAAGUUCGUGAUCGUCAUCCCGACAUUCGAGGUAACAAGAAGAGCUUAUUUUAACGAUGGCGCAGGGUGGAGAUUCCCCGAAGGGCGACGACUUUCAGAAACACUUGGUCGACGGUGAAACAACUGGCCAAUACUUGGCCGACGUUGUUCACAAGACUAGGACCAAUUUUAGGCCGCUGCCUGGAAUUACAGAUCACGAUAACUACCACAUUUCCUAUCGUAUUCAAGCAAACGUCGACUGCGACGAAGUCUAUCCCAAUAUUUAUAUCGGAGAUGCACCAACCGCGAAGAAUAAAAAGUACCUGAAAAUUCUGGACAUAACGCAUGUUUUGAAUACCGCUGAAGGCAAACGUUUUGGAUUUGUCGAUACUGAUGCAAACUACUACAAGGACACUAACAUAAAGUACAUGGGCCUUCCUCUGGCCGAUUUAGCCUCGACCUGCAUCAAUGAAUAUUUUCAUACAGCAGCAACAUUUAUCGAAGAAGCUGUGUCUACAGGAGGGAAGGCAUUUGUUCACUGCAUGAUGGGUAUAUCACGCAGUGCGACGUGCGUUGUUGCAUACCUCAUGAUUAAAAAACAAAUGCUUGCUUCGGAAGCAAUCCAAACAGUUCGUAAAAAUCGAGACAUACAUCCAAAUAACGGCUUCCUUCAUCAGUUGGCUGAAUUGGAUAACCAGCUACGCAGGCAACGUUUAUAAUAAGCAAUUAUUAAGUACCUUUAGUUAAAUGUCUUGAUAUUACUCCUCAACUUCUCCAAACCUCAAGCAUUGAGAAGAGUGAACCAAUAUACCAAUAUACUAAUCUUAAGGUGUCAAAAUAACUAUUGCAAUAUUUUUUAUCAAACAGCCAUUAAUGCCAAAUAUUUGCCUUUUAUCAAUGUUUGAUGUGCAUGUAUGUCGCGAAUGCGUCGAUACCAGAUUCAACAGUUUGUAUAUAUAUCUCAGGAAUAUUCGAUGAAGCGGACACCUUCAUGUCAUUUAAGGCAACUGCCUUAUACUGUGCCUUGCACUGUGGAUACAGGGGCCUCACUUCACUGAACAUUCCAGGAAUGUACAAGCGUUUACAAAGCACGCAAUCAUUGCUCACUUGGAAGACUGUUUUGAAACGUAGAUUUGCUAUUGUAACAAAUUUGGGAGCAAACCUAAAUCUUUAUAUAAGAAUGUGGACGUAUAGUGCAGGGCAAUUCAGUAACUCCACAAAAUUAAAACUGUAUUACAUAUUCAAACAACAAGCCACUAUACCAACAGCAUCAAAUGUAACCCAAAUGAUUACGACCAAAGUUUUCAACAAGAAUUCUCUUUUUUGCAACAACGCAAUUUGCAAAAUUAUGUCUUCUGUUUCUAUCUAGAACUUGACGCCUGUAAUAGUCAUCUGCCAUAUUUUGUAAAUAAUUCACCAACAAAUAUUCGAUACCUUGCAUUGUGUAACGACUCUGUGAAUAUAUACAGACCUCUCUCAAUGUACCUGCAUUUCUUGGACAUAAAGUAUCAUAUUGUUUCAAAAGUAAUAAUAUGUCCAGAUCUGAUUACAGGACUCUAGUUUUUGGAAUUGUUUCUGAAAUAUAAGUACAUGUAUGGGUAACCGCCACCUGUAAGUAUGGCAAUAGUCUUUCGAAUUAUACCCAGCACCAAAAACCUCGGCAUACGUAUAUUUGAAACAAUAUGCUGAAUAUACAUAUAUGUGUAAGAUACUAAUGCACACCAACAACGAAGUACUUAUUAGUUACAUAGCGUUUUACAGAACUAGCGUGAAUGUGAGUACAAAUCGCGUAAUAUUUACCAAAACAUUCAGAAUCAUUCCUCUGAAUUCGACGUUCAGAACUCAUGUCUGUUGUGUUGAAUCAAAUAAAGCGGAGUUUCAGCAGUAUUGUAAUACGAAGCAAUGAUUAUUAAAUAAGCGGCAUACAAAUUGCUUAUACAUUGUACAAAUAAUAUUCAUAUCAGUGAAACGCAUUAAAUAAAAAUUCAUAUCUUGUGUAUGCAAUUACCAUAAGAUUGGUAAUUCAGGAUAUUGAAUGAAAAUGUAUGAUCCAAAUUGUCUCGUUAUAUUAAAGAAACCCCCCUCUUAUACGUCAA